UCUCUGACCCCGGUGACCCGGGGUCAGGAUGAGGUUAGUGAGGGCACCGAGGAGGUCACGCCCGUGGAGGCGCAGCCCGAGGCGGAGGUGCAGCACGAGGCGGAGGAGGUCCCGGACGCCUCUCCCCCUGUCGACCCCCCCGCUGUAGGGGACGGGCCCCCCGCCAAGGAGGGGCACGGGGCCCCCCACUACCCGUGCCUGGGGGUGCCGGGGGUCCCGGGGCACAACGGAGUCGCGGGGCGAGACGGGAGGGACGGGAGGGACGGCCAGACGGGGGAGCGAGGGGAGCCCGGGGUGCAGGGUCCCGCCGGUCCCCCGGGCCCCCCGGGAUCCUCUGGCAACCCCGGCGUGUCCGCCCGGGGCUUCCCCGGGCACCCCCAGAGCUCCUCCUCACUGCUGACCCCCGGCCCCCCCCCGCGCUCGGCGUUCUCUGCGGGGCUGGGGGCGCGGGCCCCCCUUCCCGGGACCCCCAUCUCUUUCACCAAGGUGCUGUACAACAGCCCCCCACACUUCGACCCGGAGAGCGGCAAGUUCACGUGCGUGAGCCCCGGACUCUACCUCUUCUCGUACCACCUCACCGUGUACACCAGCCACGUGAAGGUGGGUCUCUACCAGAAUGGCCGCGGGAUGAUCUUUACCUACGACCAGUUCCAGCCGGGGGACGUGGACCAGGCGGCCGCCACCGCACUGCUCCCGCUGCGCGCGGGGGACCAGGCCCCGUCGCUCCAGCGCCACACGGUCAAGAACAAGAGGCAGGGACGGUGACGGUGGUGAUGGUGGUUGUGAUGGUGAUGAUGGUGAUGAUGGUGAUGGUGGUUGUGAUGGUGAUGGUGGUGAUGGUCUCACAAUAAACUCCGGGAGUCUCCGUCAGA